UGGCGGCCCCAUCGACACCCAGAUUGUGCGGCCGAAAACCUCGCACUUUUAGCGGCGAUUCAUCCACGACCCCAACUGUACGUAAUUAGGACGGCCGUUGACCGGAGAAUCGACCGCUGGGUUUGGAGAAGCUCACAGAAGGUUCAUCAUAAUAAAGUGAUGGUUUCUUGCUCUGUGCUAAAUUUCACAGUUGGGGAAAUUAUGCCUCGUUAAUAUCGUCAUCUCGAUUGGAUCGCUCGCUUCAUCGCUCGUUUUGUUCAACUACAGGGUUAUCAAAUAAAAAUUAGAAAUCUUCAAGCCUUUAUCGGGGUCGAUAUCAAGAGUGUCUUCAAGCUUUUUUCCCCCGCAGUGCUGUUAUCGUCUCGAAAAAAAUCAGACUUGGCAACAUCACCUUGCAUUUGCGACAAGAAAAUCAGUUUAUAUUAUAACAGCCUUUAGAAAAUCGUCACCAUGGCACUUUCGGAAGCUACCAUCCCCGAACUGCUUGAGCAGGAGUCGGACAGCACAAUCCCUGAGUCCAGGGUGCUGAUUAUUAUGACAGGAGGAACCAUUUGUAUGCGACCUUCGCCAUCGGGUUAUGUGCCAGCUCGCGGGUUCCAAGAUGCCUGUUUGGCUCGAGUUCCUACAUUCAACGAUGGCUCUCAUAGCGUCUCAAUGGAUGUGGUCGUGAAUGGAGACGGCGAGCGCAAAGGCCAUAAGAGCCUGCGCACGCCUCAAACGGCCUACGGCCGACGAGUACGAUACACCGUUUUCGAAUUCGAGGAACUGCUUGACAGUAGCUCCAUUGACGCCAAGGGUUGGGCUCAGAUUGCGCGAACAGUCGAGCGAAAUUACACCCUGUUUGAUGGAUUCGUAGUGCUCCACGGCACAGACAGUUUGGCUUAUACCUGCUCGGCACUGAGUUUCAUGCUGCAAAAUCUGGGCAAGCCGGUCAUUCUGACAGGAUCACAAUCCCCCAUGCUCCAGCUUCAGACUGAUGCAACCGACAAUCUGCUUGGAUCGCUGGUGGUGGCUGGCCACUUUAUGAUUCCCGAAGUGUGUCUAUUCUUCGACAACAAACUAUUCCGCGGAAACCGAUCCAUCAAGGUGGCAGCAAGCGACUUUUCGGCUUUUAACUCUCCCAACUGCGCACCGCUGGCAGUGACGACAUCGAUGCGCACCAACGUGAACUGGGAGUUGGUGAACCGACCCAAAAACAUCCAACAUUUCAGUAUCCAAACGAACCUCGACACGACUCAUGUGGCAUGUCUGCGUAUUUUCCCCGGUAUCAAGCCCGAAAUGGUGGAUGCUGUGUUGAAACUCGAGGGACUGCGUGGUUUGGUUUUGGAGACGUUUGGAGCUGGAAACGCACCGCACGGUCAAGAUAAUGCCAUGACCAAUGUGUUUGCGGCCGCUAUUAAGAGAGGAAUCGUGAUUGUCAAUGUCACACAGUGUUUGACUGGCAGUGUUAGCCCGGUGUAUGCCACGGGUAUGAGCCUCUCCCGAGCUGGUGUGGUUGCUGGUCUCGACAUGACCACCGAGGCAGCACUGACGAAGAUGGCAUAUCUACUUGCCCUUCCCGAUGCUACACCGGAAUCGGUUGCGAAGGACAUGUCCAUCUCGCUUCGGGGCGAAUUGACCGAGACCUCUCAGCCUCUCUUCAGUCACCCCGACGGAGCGCUUCCCGAGCGGGUCCAGACCCUCACUAUUCUCGGAUAUGCCAUCGCACAUGGAGAUCUGGAGCGAGUACAGGAUAUCGUAAAAUUGGAGCACUACUGGAUUUUUAACGACGAGGACUACUCUGGCAACACGCCUAUUCACCUGGCGGCAUCAUCGCCCUCGAUUGCUAUCCUUCGAUUUCUACUUCUCCAGGGUGGAUCCGUGCAUAUUCGCAACCGUGCCGGACGGACCCCACUGUUCCUGGCGGCCAACGCAGGUCUAUCGGAGCACGUCCUUCUUCUGCGCAAGUCGGGAGCGCAUCUGCACUCGGAGGAACGGCCCGCGGCGGAGCUUCUUGCGCGACGGAGACCUGGAAUCUGGGGGUUGGCUGGGAUUGGACCGAGGGAGAUCAGUGAGCGGGAGAUGGAGGAGGAGUAUGGAUCAGAAAGAACAAUUGUGCGGGCGAUGGCAGGGUCAGCGCCAUCAUGAUCUGAUUAUUUUUGAUAAAG